AGGUUGUGCGCGUGAUUCGUGGACGUCUCAGUACUGGAGCGUCGCCUGACGUGGGCCUCGUAGGCGUCUGCGGACAAGGUCGCGUACACGGCCACUGAUUGGGCUCGCCACCGUGCCAGGGCCAGGAGCGAUGAGCGCCGUCGACGAGGCCGCCGCGGCGCUCGCCUACGCGACGCUCAACGACCCGACGCAGCCGCCGCCGCCCUUCGCGCCCGAACGCCACGCCGCCUACCUCAAGCGGGUGGCCGCGGACGCGGGCGCCCUGGAGUACGCCCUGACGGAGUACAUGCGCGUGAGCGGCGUGUACUGGGGCCUGACGGCGAUGCGGCUCCUCGGGAGGGACGCGGCGGCGGAGCUGGGCGGGCCGGCGCUGGUCGAGCUGGCGCGGGGCUGCCAGAACGCCGACGGCGGCUUCGGCGGCGCGCGGGGGCACGACUCGCACGUGCUCUACACGCUGUCGGCGCUGCAGGUCCUGGCGCUGCUCGGCGCGCUGGACCGGUGCGACCGCGCCGCGGCCGCGGCGUACGUCGCCGCGCUCCAGCAGCCGGACGGCUCCUUCUGCGGCGACCGCUGGGGCGAGGUCGACACGCGCUUCUCGUACUGCGCGCUGGCGGCGCUGGCGCUCCUCGGGCGGCUCGGCGACGCCGACGUCGGGCGGGCGGCGGCGUUCGUCGACGCGUGCCGGAACUUCGACGGCGGCUACGGCUGCGCGCCCGGCGCCGAGUCGCACGCGGGCCAGGUCUUCUGCUGCGUGGGCGCGCUGGCGAUCGCGCGGCGCCUGGACCUGGUGGACCGCCCGCUGCUCUGCUGGUGGCUCGCGGAGCGCCAGUGCGACAGCGGGGGGCUCAACGGGCGGCCGGAGAAGCAGGCCGACGUCUGCUACUCGUGGUGGAUCCUCUCGGUGCUGCGCAUGCUCGGCGCGGACCACUGGAUCGACGGCGCGCGGCUCCGGAGCUUCAUCCUCAAGUGCCAGGACCUGCCGGACGGCGGCAUCGCGGACCGGCCGGGCAACUGCCCCGACGUCUUCCACACGUUCUUCGGCGUCGGCGGGCUCUCGCUGCUGGGCGCGCUGCCCGGGGACCGGCCGGGCAUCGACGCCGUCUUCGCGCUGCCCGAGGACGUCGUGGAGUCGCUGGGCCUCGAGGCGCAGACCGUGCCGAGGAACGACGCGUCGCUGCUGGACGCGUGGGCGGCGGAGCGGCGCGGCGGCGGCGCGGCCAUUGUGAAGUAGUAGUAAACGUUGUGCUUUUACUGGACAACACGACGACGC